UCACCUCUGCCCCAGUUUUACUAACACGUGAGCAUAUAUAAUUCGCACAGUUUAAAAAGAACCAGCUGCCUGCUGGCCAUCGCUCCAGAUCUGGACCAUGAGACAUGACCUGAAAUCACCACGGGAGAAACUGAGAAUGCUGUUUUCUGUGGUUUCCGUCCAUGCAAUGCUCUGUUGAGGAAGGGCGGGCAGUUCUUGGAAUUGGAGGGCUGAGUUGUGUCCUCUGAGCCUCUCCGGGGCUGUCUCCUCCUUAUCUGGACUGUCAAGAGCGGCAAGCUGUCCAAAGUUCUUGUGGGGAAGGAGGCCCUAAUAGUCAGGACGCUGGCAGUGUGGGGUGGAGGCCAUGGGCCCCCUGCGGGAGGACCGCCAGGAAGAGGGCAUCUGCCCCAUCUGUCAGGAGUGCCUGAAGGAGGCAGUGCGUACCGACUGCGGCCACCUCUUCUGCCGGGCCUGCCUGGCUCAGCAUCUGGAGAAGGCCUCAGCCUCCGGAGUCCACAGCUGCCCCCUCUGCCGGAAGCCCUGUUCUGAGGGGGUCCUGGGGGCUGGCUAUACCUGCGACAGCCACCAGAAGAAGGUGUGCUGGUUCUGUGAGGAGAGCAGACGUCUUCUGUGCAUGGAAUGCCGGAUGACCCCUGAACACAAGUCUCACCGUGAACUGGCCAUUGAAAAUGCCAUCAGCCACUACAAGGAACGACUCAACCGCAGGAUCAGGAAGCUCAGAAAGGACAUCUGUGAACUCCAGCGACUCAGAACUCAGGAGGAGGAGAGACUGCAGGAGAUGAAGUUUCAGGCAGAUCAUGGGACCCACAGGCUGGAGGCUGAGCAGGAGCAGCAACCCCAAACCAGAAGACAGCAGGAUGCCCCUGCUCAGUGGUGGCCAGACCAGCGGCAGGAUGUGUCAGCAGAGCUGUCCAGAAUGCCUGGCAUCUCCAGGGCAUUACUUCACCUCAGCAGCCUGGUCACUGAUCUGGAGGGGAUGGCCAAGAAACUGGACACCAGCCUGCUGAAGGAUGCUAGUGACCUAUUGAACAGGAGCGCUCCAGAGCAAUUAGAGGCUAUUUAUCCCAACUUAGAGAAAAGAAUCAACGAAUCACUUGUCCAGCCAUCCUCAGCGGCUCUGACCUCUUCAUCCCUGGGCCAUCUCAUCUCAGACUCACCUCACCCUCCUGGCUCUCCUUCCCCCAACCUGUCCAGCCUCCCAUUAGGUCUGCCCGGUGGCCCCUCAGAUCUGCCAGCUCCUGAACAUGACCUCCAUUCCUCGUCGCUAGAGCUGCGAACUGAUGCCUGACCCCCGGACCCCUGGACAAUAGUCACAGCCUCUCUCCUGAACCAGGCUUGUACUCUGGCUCCGACUGUAGCAGUCAGGAUCCAAGACCUUCGUUUUCCUGUGAACUGAUGGUAGCACCCAUCUCUCACCAUCUCAUAUUGAAAUGGGAGCAUCCAGACAUUUGAAUGGUACGAGCUCACAAUGGUGAGACCACCUCUGCAUGUGGAGCCCGCACAUCUGUUGGAAGGAACAUUCCUUCUGAGCUCCUGUAACACCUGGUGUCUGUACCACUCGCCUGGCACUUUGAUUAUUUUUGUGAUGGACAGACUCUACAGUGACCUCUCAUAAUUCUUCCUUCAUGGUGUUCAUACCCUUGUGUGAUCCCCUCUCCCUGAGUGUGAGCAGAACCUGUGACUUGCUUCUAAUCAACGGAAUAUGGCAAAGGGGAUGGGCUGGCACUUCACGGACUGCCUUACACAAAUGGGACGCCUCCUUGUUAACACGCUCACUCUUGAGAUUCUCCUUGCUGAAUUGAUGAUGUGAGUGAAUCUGCGGCCAGCAGGCAGCCUCCAGGAGCUGAGAGCAGCCUCCAGCCUUCAGCCAACAGGAAGCAGAGGCCCUCAGUCUUGCAGCUGCAAGAAAAUUAAUUCUGCCAACUGCCUAAUUGAACUUGGAAGUGGAUUUUUCCCCAGUCAAGCCUCCAGAGGAGAACCCAGCCCAGCUAACACCUUGAUUGCAGCCUCAUGAGACCCCAAGCAAAGAACCCAAACUUCUGAUCCACAGAAACUGUGAGGUAAUAGAUGUCACAGAAACUAUAAUAUAAUAAAUACAGAUCAAUGAAUAGUACCUUUAUAUAUUAAUUAUUUGUGCAUCACUUCUUUGGGUGAGUAAUAACAGCUAUCCAACCCGCAUCUGUCUCACUUGUUUGAUGUAUAAAAUGGGACUAUUUUUUAAAAUGGGACUAUUAAAGAUACCUACCUCAUAGGGUUGUUGUGAUCAUUAAAUGAAUUAAUAUAUAAAAAAAUAUUUAUUUACA